ACUUUUUUCUCAAGUGCUCAUGGAACAUUCUCUAGGAUAGACAACACAGCAGGCUGCCUGUCUUACUCCAGUCUCUCAUUAAAUGCUUUCUGUGUUGAUAUAAUAACCCAAGGUAUGACACAGAGAAGAGAUAUUCACAUCUUGCAUUUCUUAACAGAUAUGGAUCUGUGUAUCAAGUGUCUAGACUCUCAAUACCCAAAUACUGAGAGGGAUUGCUGCCUCCAGAAGGCCGUGAUCUCCCUGGCUUAUGGAGACCCUUUGGGGGCAGCUCUGGCCUGCACAGCUCUGUGGCUCUCUCUCCUCACUGCUGCUGUCCUGGGGAUCUUUGUGAAACGCCGAGAUACUCCCAUAGUCAAGGCCAACAACCGGACACUGAGCCUCAUCUUGCUCAUCUCACUCAUCCUGUGCUUCCUCUGCUCCUUGGUCUUCAUUGGCCGUCCCAUCACAGCCACCUGCAUCCUCCGACAAGCAGCAUUUGGAGUUGCAUUUACCGUGGCCGUUUCCACAGUUUUGGCUAAAACUCUUACUGUGAUUCUGGCUUUCAAGGCUACAACCCCGGGAAGAAGGAUGAGGCAGCGGUUGGUCUCAGGGGCCCCCAAUUCUGUCAUUCCUGCCUGCUCCCUGAUCCAGCUGACUAUCUGUGGACUCUGGCUGGGAACUUCUCCACCCUUCGUUGACAGAGACACUCAUUCCGAGCCUGGCAGCAUCAUCAUUGAGUGUAACAAGGGCUCCAUCACUGCAUUCUACUGUGUCCUAGGAUUCCUGGGCUCCUUGGCCCUGGGGAGCUUCACCUUGGCUUUCCUGGCCAGGAACCUGCCUGAUGCCUUCAAUGAAGCCAAGCUCCUGACCUUCAGCAUGCUGGUGUUCUGUAGCGUCUGGGUCACCUUCCUUCCUGUCUACCACAGCACCAAAGGGAAGGCCAUGGUGGCUGUGGAGAUCUUUUCCAUCUUGGCCUCCAGUGCUGGGUUCCUGGGCUGCAUCUUUGCUCCCAAGUGCUACAUUAUACUGCUAAGGCCCAAGAGGAAGACCCUGAUGUUGCUAAGGGAUAAAACAAGUUCUGUGGGGCUAGGAGGAAACUUUUUUGUCUUGGGUAAAUUGGGCUCCACAUCUGAAUUAAAUUGUUCCUUUAAUAAGAUAUGA